AUUUUCUGCUCUCGCUCUGCCUGCAUGCGUUCUGCCUGCCGUUCGCUCACUGCCAAGGCUCCAGGCCUCAGCAUGACGAGUCUUCAUGAUUGGAUGUCGAUAACCAACACUGUGGCUGUGUGAUACCGAUAAACUCACUGACAUUGUGACCCGCGUGACCUCCAGGGAACUACAGGAUUGUUGACAUGAUGCAACUCUCUAUCAACUGUUUAUUGCUCCGAUAACAUUGACGUUUCUUGACUUGGUGGACGUUUUUAUUUAUUUAUUUAUUUAUUUAUUAUCUGAACAACUUUAAAGCAAGACAGAAUACAGUCAUCAUACGUAAGAGCGGACACUGACUCCGCCCACUUUAUCGACAACAACGUUGGAGCGAAUUUUGCUCACGAACGAAAGAUUCAUUUCGACUUAAACGCUGACCUAUUAAAUGAGGUGUCGAUUUCGGUCGUGUUUGAAAAGAUCCAUUGAUUCAAACUGGUCGGACAAGAGAGAAGUCAUGAAAAAAAGAUUUACUGCCUUGAACGGAGAGGAACGAAUCUCGGCCUUGAUGGAAGAGAUCCACUGAUGAGAAAUGAAUCUCCAUUAUGAACAAAAUAUCGGCUGAGUCAAACUGAAACGAUUCACUGAAUCAAGGUGCAUGGAUCGAAAUCAGCACACACACACACACACACACCUAUAUAUAGAUAUAGAUGGAAAUGUAGUGCUUUGGUUUGCACGUUGUAUUUUUGCAGUUUGCAGUGAAGCCCAUCAACAGCGACUGAACAAAAAGAAUGACUCAUUGUAGUGCAUGGCAGUGUCUGAUACUGAUUUGUUCAACUGAGUCAAAUGACUCAGACAAAUAGAAUUAGCGAAUGAAACGUCCAACCUUGGAUUUGAACUCACGAGAACAGAAUCUACUGUACUACUCUUUCUCAAUCAGAUUUUUUGGCCUGAUUUUGCAGUCGCUAACAAAAAUUGCACGUUGUAAAAAAUAAAUGAAAUGAAAUUCAUCUUAGGUCAUGGUUUGAGUCGUACAAUGCAUAACGCGACGGCUCAUUUAGUGACACCCUCAGGGCUAAAUUUAAAAGCCACUGAUAGGAGGACAUCCUCGGAUGAUCCCGAAGUCAGGGGACAGCUACAGAGAUACGGUAGAGGACAUGAUGACUCGUGAAAAUAUUUUUUAAUGGGAUUUUUGGCAGACGCCCUUAUCCAGAGCGACUAAUAUUUAUCUCAUUUAUUCAAACGAGCAGUAGAGGGUUAAGGGCCUUGCUCAAGGGCCCAGCAGCUGGAGCGUGGUGGUGCUGGGAUUUGAACUCAGUAGUCGUUUUCUUUACUCGCAGGUCUGUCGUUAGACGAUCUUCCCUGUAUAAUCCGACAUGUUGUCUGUGAUAGUAUUCGGCCAAGGUUUUACUGGGAUCUCGUCUAACCAGAAUUAAUCUUCGAAAAGAUACGGAUUAUGUCAAACCAGCAAAGGAGUACUACUACUACUACUACUACUAAAACUCGCUCACGUGUACUGUAAAGAUCUUUAUAACUCUCUGAAAGGGCACGGCAUGGUGUCACCCCUUCUCCUCGCUCACCUCUCACCUACAUCGGAUCCUGAACCGAAGCUGCCUGGUGACAUAUUGGCCCCAUUAGUGGUGUGUAGAAAAGCGCUACAGUGUAAUGCUAACCUUUCCCCUAGAUCAUGCUUUAGCACGAGUAGAUAAGCUGUGCAAAUCCUUACAAUCUAGCAGCGAGGAGCCGACUGAAGGAACACAGCUAUAUCAUACUCGGCUUAUCACUUGCACCGGCUCCGGGCUGCGUUCGAAAAGACUCCCUAUUGGAGGACGGAUCCGUCAAAGAGUCGAGCGUGCGGUGAAGCCGCUCGGCGAGAGUCGCACGUGGGACGCGUGCUGUUCAGACCCGAGACUGACGUGGCACUUUGGCGAAGUCCUCGACCAAUCGCGGUUAGGUGCAGGUGUGUUGAUUCAGUUUCCUGCUUCGAUCCUGAGCUCGGGCGAUUAUCCACAUAUUCUCAUCGGGUUUCUUUUGGGUUUCUCACUCCCAGUGUUCCCGGGAUAGGCUUUGAAUCGACUGAGCAGGAUAAAACGCUUGCCGAGGAUGAAUAGAUCCAUGCUUUCUUCCUUCCUGCUCUGUGAAAGAUUAGACAAAAAUCAGGGGUUCGGUCGGGAUGUCGGAGGUUCGCGAGCUCCAACAAUGUUGAAACACUGUCAUUUUCGGUAACAUUUCCAUCCCGCUUCCGUCGGGGUCACGGUGGACCCCGGGCAAUGCGUACACUCCUUCACACCUAGAGUCCACCAGUCCACCUACAGUAUGUUUCUGGGAUGGUAGAGGAAACCAGAGAACCCAAAGAAAACCCAGACAGACACGGGGAGAACCUGAGAAGUGAUCCAUCCUCAGGUCGGUCGUAAUAUCUUCACUGAAUGUCUAACUGACCAGCGCGAACCCUUCAGCUGUGACAGGCAGGAUGAUGUGAUGGAACACAGACUGGGAUCUGACCUCAUACUGAGCAUGUGCAUUAGACAGGAGAUAAAAACAAGAUAUGACAGUAGAUGUGUGUGUGUGUGUGUGUGAGAGACAGAGAUAACAUUUGUUCUAUCUACAGUAUAUAAGCAGUCAUGUCCAUCACAGCGGGAGAAAAAAAGAAGGAGGAACAGAUAACUUUAACGUAUCACCACGUAGUUAACACACGUCUGUAGCUGGCAUUUCAAAGAAUCUGACGAGUCAGAAACCGCUGGCUGUAAACACCGAACUCAGACACGCUAACCAGCUUCCUGAUUUGUAACAUGGCAGUAUGAAGAAGGGCUGUUAGCUGCCUUAAAAUCAAAUAUCAAUGCAUCGUCACUGACAUUUAAACUGCAUGUACUGUACACUGUGUUGUCUUAUACUGUAACACAAAUUGCCUGUGCAUUGACAAAGAUUCUUAUCUUUUACCAGUCUUUAUUUAGACAAGGGUUUGCUCAUUGUGUGUGUGUGUUUUUUUUGUACACAACAAGAUAGUGCUGGAAGCAGGAUAUUAACUUUCACUGUAUGAACACACACAGACACACACAUACAUUGUUGGACAAAUAAAAUAACAUCCGACUAAAACAAAUGUAACUAUAAGAACAUUUAUGCAGUAUACUCUAGCUCUGGUAGAUAAGGCAGCAGUGAAAGCGUCACUGUUCAGGCCAAGCGUCGCAAAUCCGGCACGUGACCCGUGAUCCGCUUUAUCCCACUCCGAUCCCAUCAUCUUUCCACACCUGGAGCUUCUCCGCUCGCUCGCUGGUCUCUAAAGUCCCAGACGAUCCAAGUCAGUCAGAAGGAGCGAUGUGAUGCCAUGCAAGAAAUUCUUGAGGAUUUAGAAAGACACUUAAGUUGAUGAACACGAAUAUAUCACGUAACAGAGGAGUUCUGAAUCUAGUAUAGUCCUCUUAAAUUUCAAGUGUCCUGGGAACUCCGAAGAUACGGUGUGCUCAUCGUCGUUUCUCAACACGCCUUACAGUUUCCGUCCUAAAUCUUGUCAGAAAAACACGGUUUGGUAUCGUGCCACCGCAAUAUGCAACUUCAAUGAAAAUGAAGUAAGUGUGAGUUUGAGCGUAGCGGGGAGGGAGAACCGUCCGUGUCGGGCUUUAGACAAGCUCAAACAAGCCUCGUGUGGAACAUAAACGAAACAGACUCAGGUGUUCUCCUGGAACUUCUAACCUACUGACAGUCCUGUUGGAGUUUGGUUCUAGAGGUUCUAGAUACUGUUUGGGGAUAUUCUACCGUAGAUCAGAUUCUAAUUCAGCUUAAGGUCCCGGGUUUCCAGUGGAGAGUUUAUGGUGAGUUCAGUGGUCUACGCCAGUGAGUGACAAGUUCAGAUCAUUUACUACAGUAUACGAUGUGUUUAUCUGUAAAAUGUAUUCAGAAACAUAGUUUACCAUUUUAAUAAAAUGAAAUUUGGUCGUUUGACAGACAUAUGUCUGUCUAUGUAUCUGUCCAUCUGUCUAUCUAUCUGUCUGUCUGUCUGUCUAUCUGUCUGUCUGUCUGUCUAUCUGUCUGUCUAUCUGUCUGUCUGUCUGUCUAUGUAUCUGUCCAUCUGUCUAUCUAUCUGUCUGUCUGUCUGUCUAUCUGUCUGUCUGUCUGUCUAUCUGUCUGUCUGUCUGUCUGUCUAUCUGUCUGUCUGACUGUCUGUCUGUCUAUCUGUCUGUCUAUCUGUCUAUCUAUCUGUCUGUCUGUCUGUCUGUCUGACUGUCUAUGUAUCUGUCUGUCUGUCUGUCUAUCUAUCUGUCUGUCUAUCUAUCUGUCUGUCUGUCUGUCUAUGUAUCUGUCCAUCUGUCUAUCUAUCUGUCUGUCUGUCUGUCUGUCUGUCUGUCUGUCUAUGUAUCUGUCCAUCUGUCUAUCUAUCUGUCUGUCUGUCUGUCUGUCUAUCUGUCUGUCUGUCUGUCUAUGUAUCUGUCCAUCUGUCUAUCUAUCUGUCUGUCUGUCUGUCUGUCUAUCUGUCUGUCUGUCUGUCUGUCUAUCUAUCUAUCUGCCUGUCAAUCGAUUGAUUUAUCUAUCUAUCUAUCUGUCUGUUUGUCUAUCUUCCUGUCUAUCUAUCUAUCUAUCUAUCUAUCUAUCUAUCUAUCUAUCUAUCUGUCUAUCUGUCUGUCUUUCUGUCUAUCUAUCUAUCUAUCUAUCUAUCUAUCUAUCUAUCUAUCUAUCUAUCUAUCUAUCUACCUACCUAUCUGUCUGUCUGUCUGUCUGUCUGUCUGUCUGUCCGCUAUCUGUCUAUCUAUCUAUCUAUCUAUCUAUCUAUCUAUCUAUCUAUCUAUCUGUCUGUCUGUCUAUCUGUCUGUCUAUCUAUCUAUCUGUCUGUCUGUCGAUCGAUUGAUUUAUCUAUCUAUCUGUCUGUCUGUCUAUCUGUCUGUCGAUCGAUUGAUUUAUCUAUCUAUCUAUCUAUCUAUCUAUCUAUCUAUCUAUCUGUCUGUCUCUCUAUCUGUCUGUCAGUCUGUCUAUCUAUCUAUCUAUCUAUCUGUCUGUCUGUCUCUGUCUGUCGAUCGAUUGAUUUAUCUAUCUAUCCAUCUAUCUAUCUGUUUGUCUAUCUAUCUAUCUAUCUAUCUAUCUAUCUAUCUAUCUAUCUAUCUAUCUGUCUGUCUUUCUAUCUAUCUAUCUAUCUAUCUAUCUAUCUAUCUAUCUAUCUAUCUAUCUAUCUAUAUCUAAAUUGUUAUUUUGUUUGAAGAUCUUUUUUUUUUUCUUCCCGCUCUUCAUAAGCUGCAUAAGAUAUUUACGUUUCCCAGAAGACAAAUUAAUAACAAUUUACACCGAUCAUCCUGGUCAAAAGUUUACACCCCCCCGGCUCUUAAUAUUUCGUGUUACCUUCUCGAGCAUCGGUGAACGUUUGCACCUUGUGUAAUAGUCGUGUACGAGUCCCUCGGUCGUCCUCAGUGUGAAAAGAUGGAUCUGAACAUCAUAGAGCCGCUGUUGGAAAGGGCUGAAAUAUGCAGAAGAUGCUGGAAAAGUAAAGAAUGUGCAGGACCUGGAGGAUUUUUCUGAAGAACAGUGGGCGGUUUAACUGCUCGGGACGAACAAGGGACUCGUGAAGAACUCUCACAACACAUAAACACAUCACGUCGUCCAUCAUCCAGGUCAUAACACACAGGAUUAAGCAUCGAGCGUGUGUUAACUUUUGAACUGGUCCAUUUGUGUAAAUUCAGUUAUUAUUGUGUCUAUGUGUAAACAUCUGUUAUGUGAAAUGUCUUAUUCGGGGCAGAACUAAAUAAAAAACAAAAAGGCCAUUUUUAUGAUCCAUCUUAUUUUAAAGAAAACCAAAGCAAACAUUUUGCAGACUCUGUAAGGCGUACGUAAACUUAUGACCUCAACUGUACACUCUCCAGAGACACCGAAGAUCUCUGUUUCUUCCUUCAAAGCUGAACUUUUUCUACGUAAUGUCUCCGCACACAUUUAACGAGAGGUCGUAGAGGACGGGAUCAAUUGAACCCGCCUC